CUCUUAGUCGAUUUAAGGACAAAUCCCAUUUAUUUAUCGGUAGCCAAUGUCAAAAUAGUUUUGUUGUUUUAGUAUUUACAUGUCUGCAACAGUCAUACAUCUAUCUUUUACAUUUCGUUUUUGACUGUAUUUCUUCGUUUUCGUGAAAUGUCUGGAAGUAGACCUGUAAAUAGUAAUCGACAACGGAAUCUCUCCGUGACAAGCAAUACGUCGUCUUCAAGUUAUAAAGACAAUUCAUCUGUUAAUUACAGAGCCUCGGAUCUAGCUCCUGACCAACGGAGAACGAGCCGGUCUUCGAGGAUGAGUUCUUUAACAUCUAGUGCGAACGGUGCCAGAGAUAAUAAUCGUCAAUUUUUAUCUGGUGCAAAUUUACCUUUUAGGGAUUUUCAAAGAGCUACACCCCUGUAUGAUUCAAGAUGUGUCCUCAACACCCCAUCAGAUGGGGAACAUAGAGAAAUGCAAGAAAAGAUGUGUGAGCUGCAGCAAAAGAAAUGGCAAUACGAGAAUGCCAUGCUACAGUUGCAGCAGAUGCAUUCUCCCUAUUCAGAGGAACCAACGCCAAAUGCUACAAGAGCAGAAAUAAGCAGCAGUGCUGAAACAGUUUACACAUCCAUUAGUAAUCGUGCUCAGAAACUCCAAGAAGCACAACAAAGACUCGUUCAGCUACAAGAGUUGAUGCAAAAUGUUUCUAUAGAUCUGGACUAUAACCCAUAUACUCAGCAGAAUGAUGACAAAAACUGCAAGCCUAAGGAAUAUCCGUUGGAUUUUCUGCGCAAUGUGUCAUCUAGUGGGUCUGCCAGAACUUCUGCCAUACCAAGAACGAACCCCACUGUUACCAGGCAUCUAAAUAAAGAGCCACACCAGCAGCCAAUUGGAGCCAGUGCUCACCUGUUUUCGCCCCAAAACAAUUUAAGUCACGAUUCCCUUGGUAGUCCCAAACGAUACUCAACCUCGUCCCAAGUCAAUGGCUCUCUGCUUGACGUAUUUACGCAAGGUGAACCUUCUUUUGACUCAUCCACAGAAGAAGUGGAAGAUGCCCAAAUUGGAGGUGAUGAAGUAACUGGGCAAGACGAUCACGCUUCACAGGAACGGUUGUUGAGUGCUGAAACAUCCACCAGAAACGGAAUCCGCUUAGCCAUAAGCGUCCCAAUUGAACGUCUUGAUCGAAUAGAAAACCAAUUGGAGCGGACCAAUUCGUUGUGUGAGUUAAUGGUGGUCGAACAACGUCGACUGGCUUUGGUCUCAGAAAGUCUUCUUUCGGCCGUAUCGAACUUGCAGUUCAACAAUCGAAAUCCUACCGUCCAACGAAACACUACAUCUAGCUUCUCACUUUCCGGACUUCCUGUAAACUCGUCAUGGAACGACAGUGGAUCUGAUUUUCAUGUUUUGGCGCAAGCCGUUAGCCAAUGCUGCCAUAUGCUCACUCAACUUCAAAGGGACCUGGCGACUGUUCAACUCAGUCUGGAACCGAACCCCCAGCACCCAGAAGCGGCAAGCAGAAGCGUUGAAGUCCAUCAGAAUCCUUUUCGCGAUACCAAGACGGAGAGGUCGAGUGCGGCAGCCUACGAUUGCCCCGGCAUGGACAGAUUCGAUCCGCAAGUUACGCUGAAUAACCGGGUGCCACCAGGCACCAGAACAAACAACUAUUGGGAUAAUUUCCGUAGUUACUCGAGACAGAAUCUCCUCUCAUCAGGGCCGUCAAACGUAAAUCAAGGUGAUCACCAACAAACUGGACUCGCCGCGGACAUAACAUCAUCAGCCCUGCCCGCAACGAGUCAACAGAUUCAAGCUACCAGUCAGCCGGAAACGAGUCCUCAUAACAUUGCCCAACCACCUGCACGCCGGACCAAACGCAAAAUCAACAAAGGCCAGCGUCAAGUGGAAAUUGGUGUGCAUUGUCCUCCACACGCUGACAACAGGGUUCUGUCAGCCUUGGCAUACGGUCUGCUCUCAGUCAGAGGCCAAGGUGGAAACGGUAGCGGCAGUAGUGCAGGAGUUACGGCACCUGAAGUGAACGCACGAAAUUUGAAUCAUCAACAGCCAUCAGCCAAUGAAGCAAUGUCAGCGCCAGUGGUAUCUGCCAUGGCCUUGCCCAGAUCCAGCUCAGUGCUUGAUACAAGCAACGCUACCAGCAAUAACAAUAAAGUCGUGAAAGACACGUCAACUCUCAAAUACUCUGGAGCUCGCCCCAAGGAAAACCGUCGUGUUCCUGAGCCGAAUAUUUCUUCAGUCCUGAACGUGAAUUUGCUGGCCGAACGGGACUCUGAAGAUAAAGCGCAAUCCAAUGCGGGGCUUGAGACUAUUGUCCGGAUGGCUAUGACAGAGCACGCUGCACGACCCCAAUUUUUGUCACAACUUCUGCAACUUCUCCACAAAUUCGACAGCGAUCCUUUGCGGGAAAUGGCUCUUAACGCCCUGCAAGACUGUGCGACUGACAAUAAUCGACCUCCGCAUCAAUCAGAGCUCAUUAAAGUGUUUAAUCAAGUCGUUGGGCACAACCGCGAACUGACCCCGAGUUUGCUGGAAAUUUUCCUUGGCACCGUCCAAUUACCAGAGGAGUCGGAUCACGAGGAAGGCGCCGCAUCCCUACACCAGCAGACGUCCGAUGACACCCUUUACGUACUUCGUCAAGCUUUGACCCCCUUCCUCUUCCGCCGAUUGGCCGAGGUUCACCCUCUUGUCGUGGACACCUUGAGCAAGCUGGACAUCAGUAACAACGCGAACCAGAGUCGAGAGACCAACUCGACAGUUCCAGUUGGAGCAUCGGCGGCUUCAACUUCAGGCCAAGAAGAUGAUUUAGCCGAAGCGGAUCAGUCUUGUGAUCAGUCUUGCGACGGAAUGGCUGAAGUGUCCGCUGCGCAUUUGGAUGAAACUGACAUGAAUCAACGCCAUUCGGCCGUUGGCUUAGACGAAGUUCCCACCCGACUGAUGUCAGCCCUGUCUCCUCCCGUGUGGUCCAGUACGCGAUCGGCCAACCAACAAAUCGUUCAAGCCCAACAAUCAGACGAAGCUUCGCAUCAUAACAACGCCAACAUGACCAGUAGUCGAAUCGAAAAUGUCAGCCAUUGGUUCCCUGAAGACGGCACCAUUUGAUUUUCGCAUUUUGGGGAUAAGUAGAAGAAUCUGUAAAAGCGUUAAUCGAAAUACACAUUCAUUAAUAUGAA